ACAUGAAUAUGGGCUAAAGUACGGGUGUAGAAAACCAGUUGCAUUUUUCCUAUGGUCCCUCCGCUUCCUUCUGAUUGGCAGGUCUGCUUGUCGUGGUCACGUGAUGCGUUUAGAUACCGGAAGACUUCAGCAACGGUUACAAGAUGUCGCUUGCCCAGUGGUUCCUCCUGGCUGUUCCGGUGGCGCUGGUUAUAAGCUGGCCGGCUCAAAAGUCCAACAAGACAAUACCUUUGGUUAUGUGGCAUGGGAUGGGCGACAAUUGCUGCAACCCGUUCAGCUUGGGGGCGAGGAAGAAAAUCAUCCAGCAGGAUAUUCCUGGCAUUUAUGUUGUUUCAUUGAUGAUUGGCAAGAAUGUUGUGGAGGAUACAGAAAAUGGAUUCUUCAUGGAUGUGAAUGAGCAGGUGGCCAUGGUGUGCAGGCAGCUGGCUCAGGAUCCCAAUUUAAAAGGAGGAUACAAUGCCAUAGGAUUCUCCCAGGGGGCGCAAUUCCUGAGAGCAGUUGCACAGCGGUGCCCUUCUCCACCAAUGAAGACGCUCAUCUCUGUCGGCGGCCAGCAGCAAGGAGUGUACGGGCUGCCAAAGUGUGCCGGAGAGCCAUCGCACUUUUGCGACAUGAUCCGAAAGGCCCUCAAUAUUGAAGCCUACAAUGAAAACAUUCAAAAGCACCUGGUCCAGGCCCAGUAUUGGCACGACCCUUUAAAUGAUGGCUUGUACAAGAAGUACAGUCUCUUCCUGGCUGAUAUCAACCAGGAGAGGGUCGUAAACGAGACUUAUAAGAAAAAUCUUCAGAUGCUGGAUAAAUUUAUCAUGGUUAAGUUUCUACAUGAUACUGUGGUGGAUCCUGUUGAUACAGAGUGGUUUGGCUUCCUAAAAAGCGGUCAAGCAAAAGAGACUGAAACUCUGCAGGAGAGUGUUCUCUACAAAGAGGAUCGCUUGGGCCUGGCAGCCAUGGACAAGGCAGGAAAACUGGUUUUUCUUGCCACAGAAGGAGACCACCUUCAGUUUACCCAAGAAUGGUUUAAUGCUAAUCUCCUGCCUUACUUGCGCUAGGAAAACAAACUGUGGGUGAGCGUCAUCCUAACUACUUCGACAUGGCAGAAAGCAAAGCAUCAAAUCUCUCUCCCCCCACCACCCUUGCACUAAAUCUAUAGCAUGCUGAAGAGUUGAGGUUAAUGGUAAAGCUAAUUAAUGUAUGUCUAUUGUUCGUAUUCUUACUUGAUCGGUUUUUAUGACUUCUUUGUAGAAGAUAGUUGAUAACUUUUUUUGAACUGUUUUUAAUCAGUUGCUAUCAAAGUUAAUUUACAUGCAAACGUCUAAAUAAAAACAAAAGGGCAUUAUUGCAACA